UUUCAGAAGUUCUCAUUCCUUUAGAUCGGGCUGCUCCUGGUUGAUCGCAGUAGCCAAAAUAUACUGCUAGCCUUGGUCUUCACAUUCCUUCGAACUUCUGCCAGAGUCAUAUCGGAACGAACAACUUCUCCACCGGCUGACAUCCCUCCCAGUCUUGCGGUCCCACCAAGGACAUUGAGUUCCGCUUGAUGACAGCCCUUUGACAUAAGUGUUCCGACUAUCCGCCUGGGCAAAUCGCGGAACUCUUUUGAUCCCUCCGAUCUUCUCGUAUCCCUCAACCAUAUCUUUACUCCCCCUCUUUAUGCAUUUAUAAUCUCGACGAUCAUCAUCCUUUUUGUUUGGAAAGGCUAAGGCUUGACUCGUCAUGUACAAGCCUCUGAAUCCGAGCGUACAGAGCGUUGGAGACAUUACCCACCAGCGUUUGGAAAGCAUAGAACUAAAUCGAUACUCGCCGCCAUCUGGUCCGCCACCGGACUCGUCGAAGCAUCGGGACUCUAAAGCAAAUUUUACUCAACAUGCCCAUCCACCGUCAACGGUCAAGCAUUGGCCGAUGCACUCGCAGCAGGUCGCGACCUUAACGCCUCUCAGAACUUUUAUUAUAGUUUUUGAUGCAAUAUUAGCUUCGGCUCCUAUAAUGUUCAUAGCAUUAGCCAUCAUCGCCGCACGCCUCGAUGGAAGAGAUGUGUCCAGCUACGGUCUGCACCUCCACCAAACACUGCUCUUAUCCCCAACCAUCUUCCCCGUCAUCUUCGCCGCUCUCAUGGGCCGCUGCUUCAAGUACGUUGGCCUCUACCGCGCCGAGCGCGGGAUCUCUCUCGGUCGCCUCGAACAGCUCGUCGGGUGCCAAUCUCUGUUCUCCGCCCUUGAACGCCAAACCGCCUUACGGUCUUGGUCCAUCCUCGGCCUCCUUUUAACCCUGAUAUGGCUAUUAUCCCCUCUAGGUGGUCAAUCCGCUCUUCGACUCCUCGACCAAGAAACCAAAUUCGUGAAAUCAACUGUAACUAUCAACUAUCUCAACCCAACAUCCAUGGGGGACUCUUUUCUCAUGGGUGCUAGUGCUCUAAACACCGGACGUGCUACCUUUACAUCAGUAUUCCUGGCCGCGCUACUGAGUAGUUCCAAGUACCAAGCCACGCCCAUGGAUUUAUGGGGAAAUGUCAAAGUUCCCGCAUACAGCUCCCUCAACGCCAGUUCCUCGGAUUGGAAAGACAUCGACUACUCACACAAUGUAACGUACGCGUCGCUAAUCGGCAUACCCGUAUCUGGCGUGCAAAACGGGGACACUACGAGCAACUACUCGAUGAAAGCAAGACAGUGGGAUAUAACCUGCUCCAGCAAUAAGGAAGUCAGCGAUAGUUCUGCAAACUUUGGUAACGCAACGGCAACAUGGAAGCUGAAUUACACGGAGGGCAGAUGUAAGAGCUAUCCGUGUAAAUUCAACCUCAAGUCCAUCGACAGAACGAGUAACUUCACAGUGGCGGAAUGCCAAAUGACGUACCAAUACCUCGAAACGAGAAUCGGCUGCAACGGGACAUCAUGCCAGACCAACAGCAUGCGCAAGCUCGAUUUACUAGGAGAUGCAUAUACGCAAGAAGCUGACGACUUCACACGCUCAAACAUGAUAACGAACGGAAUGAGUACUCUUCCCACAAUAGAUAACCACGGCGUCGCAUCCGUUAUAGCCCGAGGCUCGACAAAUAUGGAGAAAUGGAUGUAUGAUCCUUGGGACUUCAUCGGGGCUACCUACGACAAUGUUGAUCUGUGGAAACUCUCGCCCGAGCUGCUCGGAGAGCGUCUCACAAUUAUCUGGAAUACAUUCUGGCAGUCGACAUACGCGACUACAGCGCUUGGAGGGAAUCUACCCAAGAACCUCACCUCGCUGAGUGAGAACUUGGGUUCGCCAAACCUAGGCUUUAAUGCUACACAAGCCGCAUUGACUACGGCUUCAACAACCAUCUACAAAACAAACUGGCGCUGGUUCGUCGCUUUGUUGGUCUCCUCCAUCAUUCUACAAAUCGCAGCAUAUGCUGGACUCAUCCUCAAAUACAUCACACUCGCCCCUGAUAUCAUUGGGUACGCUUCGUCGUUGACGUUGCUGAAUCCGUAUAUUCCAACGCCGACCGGGGGCACAACAUUGCAUGGACUGGAGAGAGCGGCGCUGUUGCAUGAUUUGCAGAUCAGGAUUGGAGACGUUUGUGCGGGUGAGCCUGUUGGGGCUAUUGCAGUGGCGAAGGCGGACGCUAGGGUGGCGCGUUUGGAUCGGAGAAGGUGGUAUAUAUGAGAGGUUCUCAAGAGCAAGAUCUGGAGUCUGAAUAGAGCUUGCAGUUAGAUCUUCAUUGGGUAUUGCAUAGCAUAGCAUAGCAUAGCAUUUAUUUCAAGGUUGGAAUACUCCGACCUCAUUGAAGUCUAUCAUAGGGGAAACUCCUACAGCCCUCGUAGAGAGUAAAAAGUCACUCUUCACGAACCCUAAUAAGCCCCUUGAUCCUCCCAUUUGGCACUGGCACGAACCGAU